AUGCUAGGUUUCAACUUGAAUGUGGUAUACCUACAGUCACAUUACUCGGAGAGGUAUCAGAUUGGGAAGAAAUUCUUCGCCGACUGGACAAGCUUGAGUCGUUUGGAGUGGAAGGAGAUGCUUACUCCGGUAAUCCAAAAUAUGAUACUAACCUUCGAAAAUCCUGGAGCCAUAGCCCGAGUUGAUUUCUGGUCAAAAAUUGCUCAUAUUCAUAACUUAAGCGGCGGAUCAACUCUAUCCGGGUGGGUUACAGUUUUCUGUGCCUUCAAUGAAAAUGGAGUCUGCAAAGGAGACAACUGGAGAUCAGGGCAGGACACCGGGUCAAUGAGGGAGCCUCCCCAAUAUCCAGUUAUCAAAAUUAAAGAAAUACCUACUGGAAAGUGUGAGGUUAAAGUUCGGAUCAGUGGAAUGAUGGAACUCGAUGCUGUGACUGUGGCCGGCUUGGUAGGCGCUUUAUUCUCUUCUCAGAAUGGGUAUGAGAUUCUUGACACAGUGCAACCGUACCCAGCAUGGAGCAUCUUCGCCCUGAACAAUGAUAAACGUAUUCAUUCAGGACGAUAA